AUGUUGGCAGGGACGGCGGCGGAGAAGGGCUGCCGCUCCGCCCGGCGCCAAAGGAGGAGACGGCAAGCCCCACACUGCUGCAGCUGCCAGCACCAGCGCCCGUGGGCAUCGGGAGCCAGAGCAGAGCAGGCUGCACCGCGCGGCUGCCUGGCCUGGCUAAGGCAAUGGCGCUGGUGGAUCAAGGUUUGGGGCGUCGACCGCCGUGACAGCGAGAAUCGGACACCUCUCCAUCUGGCGUGUGCCAACGGCCACACAGCAGUUGUCAACUUCUUACUCGGGCUGAACUGCAAGCUGAAUCCUGUUGAUAAUUUCAUGAAAACACCACUGAUGAGAGCAGUAGAGGUCCAAAAAGAAGACUGUGUGGCUUUUUUGCUGGUGUCAGGUGCCCGCAUAAAUAUGGCAGAUGCUGAUGGCAACACAGCCCUCCAUCUUGCUGUCCGAUCUCGCAAUGUAAACAUGGUGAGGCUGUUACUGGACCAUCACGCCAAUCCUGUUGCCAAGAUUAAGGAGGGCCAGACCCCACUGAGUAUGGCUGUCUCUGAACAUCAGAAGGAGAUAGCAGAUUGUCUUCUCAACAGAAGACCUCGCCUGCAACCUCGUGAUGAUUAUAAAAGUCUUGUGCAGACAGAUGAGGACAAUGCUAUUAUUCAUGGGUUUUCCAGGCCAAGCCAGCCACAGGCAGAACCUGCAGUCCAGAAGAACACUGCAGAAGCUCCUGCAGGUGGUGCACAAGACAUCACUGUGCAUGUCACUCCUCAGCAGGCAGGAGCUGCUGGCUCUGUGUCGGGUGCCCCUGACGUGGAUGGAGGAGAUAAACUGCCAGCCAUGGGAGCACAGCAGGAAGAAGAGAAAGAUUCUCCCAGGGAUGCCGACCUAGAUAUAGAGAAGUACAUUCGUGUGAAAAAAGAAAAGCAGGAGAACAAGAAAGUAGUUUUUCAACAGGCGCCAAAAUCUGGUGAGAGUCCUGAGUUAGGGAAUAGUGACCCAACUCUUUGA